GCCGUUUUUUAGUUUACAUUGUCAACAGAAGCAGAACCUGCAAACUUAUUAAUUUAUUAAUCAUCUAAUAGGAAAUGUCCAAAUGAUUUUAAUGCCAUGGGGAAACUUUUCAGCAAACAGAAAUCAUCAAAACAUCAGGCACAAGGUUUUGAUUCUCUAGACAACACAUCUCCCUCCGGAAAUAGUUUUGGCAACAAGCAUUCAUCCCGUAUGGAGAGGUAUCACGACAGUAGUCCACAAUCGCAGACUAAGCAUAGUCCCAUUCAUUCCGACGCAGUCGUCAGUCUGUCAAAAAUACAACCUGGCCUUUGUGUGUCUGGCAGUAAAGACAAGUCAGUUGUGUUGUAUGACUAUCAUAACCACCGCAUAGAAGACAGAUGGACAGGACACGAUCGGGAAAUCACUAAGGUGUGCUAUGGGAUGCACUGCCAGGGGGUGUUCAGUGCCUCGAGGGACCAGACUGUGAAACUCUGGAAAAGGGGCAAUGCUAAUCCCAUGCGGGAAUACAUCGGGCAUACCCUGGUCGUGAUGUCGAUACAUACCAAUAAAGACAACAGUUUUUUGUGCAGUGGAUCUCGGGACAACACCCUGAAAUUGUGGGAUGUAGAGACGGGAGAGUGCCUCCGUGAAAACAGGAUAUCCAGAAAUCUAGUCACAGACGUGAAGUUUGUACCAGAAAGUCAGCUGUUGGUGCAGACAGGUGAAGAUAAAGAAGUAAGGCUGUUUGACACACGGACCAUGUCUGUAAGCCACAACUUCCCUAGGAAGCAGUACAUUCAAAUGUGCUGCGACGUGUCUCCAGACGGACGCUACUGUCUCACUUGCAGCAAUGGGUUUGGAGGAAACGGAUGUGAAGCCACGCUGUGGGACCUACGUGCCUUGAAGAUCUUGCACGAGUUUCAUGGGCACACGGAGGCCGUGGAGGCCUGUAUAUUCCUGCCAUUCAGUGGUUGUUCCCUGGUGGCCACAUCAUCCCGCGACUGCUCUGUCAGAGUCUGGGACAAAAAUUCACGAGAGUGUAUAGCAACUCGCACUAUCAGUUGUUCUGGCCCACUCACGUCCCUUAUAGCUUACGAGGAUAAUAGUAUAUGUGUGUCCAGCUUUAAUGAAGGAAUCCACCAGUUGCAGUUCUUGCCAAACCAGUCCAAACUUGUACCAAAAUCUCAGUUCUAGAUCCUCCAUAAUUGAAGUCACAACUCUAUGUACUCUGAUACCCAAGUCACAAUUAGGGGUACUCUUAUAUCGAAGUGAUAAUUGUGAAUACUCCAAUACCGAUGUUACAACACUCUGGAUACUCCAAUACUGAUGUUACAACUCUGGAUACUCCAAUACUGAUGUUACAACUCUGGAUACUCCAAUACUGAUGUUACAACUCUGGAUACUCCUAUACAAAAGUUUACCUUUGCAACCUUCACGUUUCUACUACCGUCCUGGUGUUCAAUAUAAGUUCGUUUACAUUUCUUCUUCUUCUUCUUCCCAUUUUUUGCAGGGCUCUUCUGGAGCAUCGACCUAAUUUGACUAUUCAAUGAGUCUUGGGCCUGGGUAGAACCAGUACUUGGUGUCUUUGGAGGAGAUCUAAAGAACUCUCCCACAGUGGGGUUUGAACCUGUGACGUCUCGAUCGCUAGGUGGACACCAUAUCCACUAUACGACGAUAACCUGUUACUAUGACACAAGAUGUCUCUUAGAAACCGCUUAUAAAUAUGCAUUGUCUUAAUAACUUAUUAACGUGCAGAAAGUUUGCAAGUUUUGCAAUGAAAAGUUAAGAAUUCACAAAAGGUCACCUACCACACUAUUACAAAACUAAUUUGGAUUUUCUUUUUAACAGUUAACCAGACAACAUGAUCCCCCUCUUUAAGCACAAUUAAAUGAUGUCUUAGCCUAUUGUUAUACAACAUUUAAACCAACAAUACCCUCAGAUUUAUGUUUAAAUGCUCUUGUUGUUUUAUGUUGUUUUAUUGUUUGUUUAAGAUUUUCUUUUUGUUGUUGUCAGUAAAACUGAAUGUAGUAAAAUUACUAGUAUAUGAUUUUAACAUGAUCUGGUAUUUUCUUCUCUUUUUCUGUUUUUGUGUUUGUUGUUAAACUAUGCUAGAACAGGUUUGUUUGCCGUUUUUAACAAUAGGAUUUCAGUCUUAUCAUGUUGAGUCUAACUUGAAGAAACUGACUUUCAGCACAAGGGGUUCAAACAAAGUUAAGAAAACACAAACUUAAACGCUACCGGCACUCAUAAUUUUGGCUUUAAAUGUAAUCGUAAUCUUCACAAACCAACAUCAGAUACAUGUAAUUUAUUAUAUGUAAAUUGAUUUUGAUUUGUAUCUCAUAAUUUUCAACAUUAUUGUUGUAUUCCUUAUGUUGAUAUUUUAUAAUUUAUAUUGUUUUUGAAGAAAUGUUUUCAAUGCCAUUUUUGCUUACGUUGAUCCAUUAAUAUUCCAAUAUUUUGGGGAUAUUUUUUCCAGUCUGUACAUUUUGUUAUACUGACUAUGUCAAAUAUAUUGGUGCAUAUACAUUAAACCCAAAAUUAAAUUGUGAUGAAUAUUAGUAAAAUGAUGAAUUUAUGUCUGUGAUUCCUAGUGACUUACUUCGAUAUUGUAUGACUUUUUCUUUCACAUUUAAUUCAUAUCCAUUAUAUUAUGGAAAUUUGUUUUUUCAUAUUAAAUAUGAAUACAUA